AUGUGGGAAAGCUUUAGGGACAUCAGAUAUCUCCUUCCGGACGGUCUCUUCACAGAGGAACUUUUUAAGAUCUCCCUCAUACAACUAUUCUCGGCACUAGACUACCUGCAUACAGAGUGUAAACUUGUUCAUACAGACAUCAAAGCCGACAAUUUACUUUCCCAAAUUGAAGAUGAAUCCAUCCUCGAUGCAUUUACUGAAGCGGAGAUGAGCCAUCCUUUUCCUCGGAAAUCUGUCAAUGGCGUAACAGUGUAUGCCUCGAGGCAGCUGGCAGUUCCAAAAAUUCUUCGGUGGCUGAAUACACCAGUAGAUUGA